AUGGAUGGCCAAACAGAAGUCACUAAUAGAACGUUGGACAAUCUUCUUCACUUUUUAAGUAGCGAUCAACUUCGAAAGUGGAACCUUGCAAUUUCACAAGCAAAAUUUGCAUAUAAUAACAUGCAAAGCCAAUCUACAGGGCAGUGUCCCUUCGAAGUCGUGUAUAGUAGUCCUCCCCAUUUAACUUUUGACCUUACUAAUUUGCCUUCAUUUGUUGAUCUCAGUCUAGAAGCUGAUCUUAUGAUUGAUCGAGUUCAAAAAAUCCAUGCUGAGGUCUUUGCCAAUUUGACUAUUGCCAACUCCAAGUAUAAGGAAGUCGCUGACAAGCAUCAUCGACCAACAACAUUUUUCCUAGGUGAUUUAGUCAUGGUGUACAUUAAAAAAUCACAUCUACCUACCGACCAUCACUCUAAAUUUUCACAGAAGAAAUACGACUUUUUCACAUUCUUACAAAAAUUUGGAGACAAUGCAUACCAAAUAGAGCUCCCUUCCUCUAAACAUUAG